AACUAUGGCGGCAGACGGUUUAUCCAUAACAGAGCAGUGGAUACGAGAAAAGCUCAACCUUCAGCACAGCUGCUUGGACGUUCGAUCACUGAGCCUCCCCGGAUCAUAUGAGACAGGGAAAAUAUGCCAUUUGGGGAUUUCUCUGAAGAAUUUUGUCCGUCUGAAAAGUUUGGAUCUCUCUCAUAACGCGCUGGAGUCCGUACAGGGCAUUGUGCACUUAAAGCUGCUUGAGAAACUGAACUUGUACUACAACAGAUUGUCGUCUCUUGAAGACGUCCUAGCCUUACGCAGACUUCAGAAUCUGGAGGAGCUGGACCUGAGGCUGAACCCUGUUGUGCAGAAACAUCCAUACUACCGUCUAUAUUUAGUCCACGCCAUCUCCAAGCUUCGUAAACUCGACGACUUUCCUGUACGAGACCGAGAGAGAAAAGCAGCUCUGAUGCACUUUUCUGUUGAGUCAGCGGUCAAGCCUAGUCAGAAGUCUCAGCCUUUCACAGAGGAAAAGGGGAACAGGAGCAGUGAUCACAGGAUUGCCUCUGUGAACAAGAUGAUGAUGGCAAAGCUUUCUCUUCGAGAAGGUAACGAGGAAACUGUUCUAAAUUACAAAUUCAGUGAGGACAGGAACACGGCGGUGCAAGAAGGUUCCCCUUUGACUGAAGAGAAAACUAGACGAGAGUCCAGUCAUUCCCCAGACAAUCCCUCUGACACUAUACAUUUAAUUAACGGCUAUGAUUCUGAUGCGUCAUCUGCCCAAGAUCAGGAAUCUGAGCCAAGUCUUGGGAAAGCGCACGGUAAGAAUGAGACUCGUGUCCAGCACACUGUCCAGCGGCGGUCCUCUCUGAAGUCAAAUGAUGCCCCCAGAGUCACUUUCUUCAAUGCAUCUGUAACAAGACACAGUCCUGAACAUCUACGGCAAAAACCAGCAAAGAGCCUCGUACACAGCAGAAUACAGGCUAAGAGCAGCUUCACGCCACAUCCCAGCUACAAAAGCCCAGUUUUGAAAGAUAAGAAAGCUGAAGUAGUAAAACAUUACUCAGAGAGUGGAAGAAACCCAGUGCUGCACCCUCCAAGACUAACGUACAGAAAGACUGAAAUGGAAGGAGAUCCACAGAGACCCUCGCUUAAACCUGAGAGAGCAGACAAGCUACACAAGGGAGCCUAUAAGAAACCGAUGGAGCUGCUCCUCAGUUUGGUGGAUGAGUACUGGGCUGGGAAGAAGAAGAACCACAACACUAAGCACUUCUUCAUGCAAGCUGUCCGUAUCCUCUGCAUGAUGGAGCAGGAGGUUGUGAGUGGAGAAGAGGAGAUGAAGGCUCUGAGAGAAAAGAUCCAAACGCUGAACACCCAGGCAGAACUGCAGAAGAGACGGCAUCAGUCAGAGAUACAGAGUCUCUCAGAGCAGCUGCGGAGAGCAUACGGCUCUGUCGAGCAGCUUGAUGAGCAGUUGAGGAGUGUUUUGGAGGAGAAUGUGUCCUUGCAGAAGCAGCUGAUCCGAUUGGAGCAGAAACUCCUCUCUGACCAGCUGAGAGAAAUGUCAAACACUGGAGACUAAGGAUGGCUCUCUGACCUCAAGCAGUGGACACUGAGGACCCUGCUGAACACUGCUGUGUGUCAGUGUAUGAGCUGCUGGUGGACCACAGUGGUGUCUAUGAUGGAGGUGCCCAGAGGGCUCUGGACGAUGGGGUGUCCCUCAGCCUGACUGUGCCGGCCACUGCUGCUCUGCUGGAGAACCUGGGGGCUUUCCACACGACUCGGACGCCAGCUGACCGAAGCCUCGCCUGAGACCAGCACACACGUAUACAUGCACCAGGGAAAGAGAGCGGAGCGUUGAGUGGUCAGUGGUGAAAAGAACGUAGAAAAACUACACUCGAGUAGAUGUCCACACAUACAGUUCACCUGUAUAAGACCGUUCUACUGAAUUAGGUCAAACUGCAGUCUCACUGUAAACAAAACUAUUUAAAAACACAAAGUAUUCAGAUCUUAGAUAUUUACAAGCAUU